AUCACCGAUCUGAAACUUGGACGGGAAAGAAAGGCUUGUUAGCGCAACUCCAAGCUCCUCUCUAUCUCUCUCUCUCUCUUGCACUGAUUCACCGUUCUCUUUGUUUUCUUUCUCUCCGAAAUUACGAAGGAAAUCAAUCCAACUUAGACAGUGAAAAAGGAAACAACAACAAUGGGAGGUUUUGCCAUGGGUUCUGCCUUUGAUUCCAAAUCUGGGAAGAUUAUAAUGGCUGCUUUGCUUUCGAUGAUUGUUUCUUUUUAUGUUGGCACCCUUUUUGGCAACAAUGCUCCCCUUUACAUUUCAAACCUCACCUCUCAUUCUUCUUCUUCUUCUUCUUCUCCUCUUAACAAUGUCUCUUCCAAUGGUACUACCAAUUUUUCUAACAAAGUUGUUUUGACAUACCGGAAAACUCCCCUUGUAAUUCCAGAAACUGGGGUGGAUGUGUGUCCUUUGAUGUUCAAUGAGUAUAUUCCGUGUCACGAUGUAUCUUAUGUGGCAACAUUGGCUCCAAACCUUGAUUUUUCUAGGAAAGAAGAACUGGAGAGACACUGUCCUCCACUUGAAAAGCGCUUGUUUUGCUUGGUUCCUCCGCCGAAGGAUUAUAAAAUACCUAUCAAGUGGCCUCUUAGCAGAGAUUAUAUUUGGCGAAGUAAUGUGAAUCAUACACAUCUUGCAGAAGUCAAGGGAGGCCAAAAUUGGGUCCAUGAGAAGGAUCAGCUCUGGUGGUUUCCGGGAGGUGGUACCCAUUUCAAGCAUGGGGCUACUGAAUACAUAGAGAGGUUAGGACAUAUGAUUACAAAUGAGACUGGUGAUCUACGUUCUGCAGGGGUAGUUCAAGUUCUCGAUGUUGGCUGUGGUGUGGCCAGUUUUUCAGCUUAUCUUCUUCCCAUGGAUAUUCGGACAAUGUCCUUUGCCCCCAAGGAUGGUCAUGAAAAUCAGAUUCAAUUUGCAUUAGAACGAGGAAUCAGCACAAUGAUCUCUGCCUUGUCAACAAAACAACUACCAUAUCCCAGUGAAUCAUUUGAAAUGAUUCACUGUUCACGAUGCCGAAUAGACUUUCAUGAACAUGAUGGGAUUUUACUGAAGGAGGUGAAUCGCCUUCUUCGCCCUAAUGGAUACUUUGUUUAUUCGGCUCCACCUGCUUAUAAAAAAGUUAAAGAUUUUCCUGUCAUUUGGGAUAAGUUGGUGAAUUUGACUACAGCAAUGUGUUGGAGACUCAUUGCUCGUAAAGUUCAGACAGCAAUAUGGAUUAAAGAAAAUGACCAGUCAUGCCUUCUGCGCAAUGCAGAUAAAAAGCUUAUAAACCUCUGCAAUCCUGCUGAUGAUACUAAACCUUCAUGGAAGAUCCCACUUAAGAACUGUGUACAAGUUAGAAAUUCUAAAACAGAUUCUUACAAGUUUCCUCCUAGUCUCGAGCGGCAUUCAGUGUUUUCUGAGAAGCUUAACAUGAUAGGUAUAAAUCAAGAUGAAUUUACUUCAGAUACACUCUUCUGGCAAGAACAAAUUGGUCAUUACUGGAGAAUGAUGAAUGUAAAGGAGACAGAAAUACGCAAUGUGAUGGAUAUGAAUGCCUAUUGUGGUGGAUUUGCUGUUGCACUAAAUAAAUUCCCUGUUUGGGUAAUGAAUGUAGUUCCUGCAAGCAUGAAGAACACUUUAUCUGGAAUUUAUGACCGGGGACUGAUUGGAACAUUUCAUGAUUGGUGUGAACCAUUUUCAAGUUACCCUAGGACAUAUGAUCUUUUGCAUGCCAACUACCUCUUCUCUCACUACAAAGCACAAGGGGAAGGUUGUUUAUUGGAGGACAUGAUACUGGAGAUGGAUCGUCUUAUAAGGCCACUGGGAUUUAUCAUCAUUAGGGAUGAGGAAGAUAUUACAUCAAGAAUCCAAGAUGUAGCCCCAAAAUUCAUGUGGGAUGUGGAGUCACAUUUGUUAGAGAACAAAGACAAGAAAAUGGAAACUGUUUUAAUUUGUAGAAAAAAGUUUUGGGCAAUCGUCUAAGGUGAUUUGACCUGAAAGCUUUUUCCACGUAGAAAUUAUUUCUAACCACACGGGUAAUUUGUAAUGUUAGAAGUUCUUAUGUAUUUGCUGUGUUCAUUGUUUCACGAUCAAUUUGUGUAGAUGUCUAGAGAGCCCACAUUUUGUACAUGACUUCUCUUUCAAUUUAGCAAUUAUGAAUAGAAUGUUGUAUACUCAUGUCCAUUCUUUUAAUGUUCGAUGUCUAUUUUGUUCUCUGUGCUUAUUAGAAAUAAACUUAUGAAUCGUAAG